GUGGUCGGCCUUGCUUGUUUUCUGGGAGUACCGAUAAACAUGCUGUGUUAACGUCUUGGUGCCUGAUGGUGAGCCUGUGGGCAGCAGCUGGGACACCAUAUUCCCCCCCUGAGAAACACCCCCUUUCCCUGUCGCCAGUCUGACUGAAGAGGUAUCUCAGUAACUGUGUGCAAGAUGCAGACUGUUUACUUUUGAUGUCUGUGAGAUUUCUGAACUGGAGCCACUUGCUGUCAGCGUGGGCACUUCCCUCCUCCUGUCUUGAGGUGCGUUUGACUUCGAGAGAGUGUCAUCAGUUCCCAGCUUUCCCUUCUGCAGCCCUUUUCACAGAAGGGGCUAAAAGUGUCCUUUUAUCGUAUGAAUGUGCCCAUUGAGGUAGUCCUGGAGUGUCCCCUUCCCCUCCUGGGUCUGUUUGAAACCGUAUAAGGGUGUCCGGCAUGCAUAGCUCCGCUUUGUGUGAAUGUUAGUCCCUUGGGAUUGUUUGGAGCUUGUACCUGCAGCUUUCUCUGGGCUCCCCCUCCUUCUUGUAGCGGAAGUCCUAGUGGACUCGGAGGUUGUCGCACUAAGGGAGGUUGGAAGGGGCCUGUGGAAGUCCCUAGUGCAACCCUGUGCUGAGAGCAGGGCCUGCUUUGAAGUGAGGUGGGGCUGAACUCAGGGCCUUGUGCAGUCAAUUCCAAAUAUCUCCAAGGAUGGCAAUUCGGCAGCCUCUCUGGGCCCCUGUUGAGGUGCCUAACCACUCUCACCUCAGAGUUUUGCUUCUGUUUAUCCUCAGUCCCUUCUCCUUGGCCUCACUCUUGCACACUGUAGCCCUGUUUUUGCAGAGAUCUGCCAGGCAGCCCUGCAGUCCUCUCUUGUUGAGCGUGAAGAGCUGCUGCUCUAACAGAAGCUGUUCCAGACUCUGAUCGUGCUGGCAGCCUUAAAUGAACCUCUCUGAGUUCUUCUCCCUGCAAUUUUUUACCUAGGGAAGAGAAGUGUCCUCAGCAUUCAGGCUUUUGGUGAACCUUGCAUUCAGAUAAGGUGGAAAGAAGUCCUUUCUUUCUCUUUUUCCUGCAAUAUUCUUGGAAUUUGUAGCAUUUUGGUGGCCACUGAAGCCUAAGGUGACGUAUGCAUGGAGAUGCCUGACAUCGCCCAGAUCUCAUUUCAGAAUGAUAACCGUGUAGCUGAGAGCCCAUAGAUUCCUAUGUAAACUUCAUGUUGCUUUUCCUCGUGUGCUUCUCUUCACAUUUUGCUGCACUGAAUGUUGUCUGCCCUUUUCCCAGCCCAUCCACUGGUACUAUGUUAAAGUGCUUGUGCAGUUCUUUGCAGCAGGCCUGUGACUUGACUCCCUUCAGUGGGUGGAUAGCCUCCUGUGUAGACUUUGUCACACCACUUGCAACCCCUUUUUGGGAUCCCCUGUGGGGAUGUUACAUGGCACAGGCCCUGCCCAGAACUCUCUGCCAGGCUCCUGUGAGGACCUUCCUGUCUUGCUCCUGUGGGCAGCGUUCAUCUUCCUGACACUUCUGUAGCUCCGAUAAGGCCUCCAAGUGCCCCUUUUAGCUUCCUUGCAUUUUGCGCGUAGUGUCCUCGUUUGUACACAUUUUGCUGUGUUACCGUUAGGCCCACAGUAAUGGAUGGGCUGCUGCUGCUGCCCCCAGGCCAUGCUGGUUUGAAACCUUCUUUCCUGUUGAAAGCACUGUCCUCCUCCUCUUUGAUUCUCCUCUGAAAGAGAUGGGAUGCAAGGGGACUGCUGGGACUUCCCUCUUCUCUCCUCCUCCGGGAGACAUCACACAUGGUUCCUGACUGUGCCAGCCCCCUGAAUUCCGUCAUGGCAGGCCUUGCUUGUUUUCUGGGAGUACAGAAAAAUACGGUGUGAUAAGUUAGUGGUGACUGAUGGUGUGCAUGUGGUACCAGCUGGGACUCCAUUUUCCCUCACCAGAACCAGCCCCUUCCCCUGACACCAGCCCGAUUUAGGAGGUGUGUGAGAGUGCCCUUAGUUUUCAGUGCUCCUUUCUGCUGCUUCCCUUCUCAUGGAAGCGGAUAUAGGAGCCUGCAGUAUAUUAAUGCAGUGAUGUCAGAGCUUUGACGGAACUUGCUUGUUUUCAACCCCACCUCCUGGAGCUGUCAGCUGUCAUUGCAGUUUUCCCUUCCUGUGUGGGGAUGUUCUGAGUGAACAUGCGAUAGGGUAACCUUCCUGUCUUCUCUUUGGUUACUGUGACAGGUGGAUGACGUUGAUGGGAGUGAGGCAACGUGUGGGGACUAAUUCCCGUGGGGACUGAACUCCUGGCUCUGUUGCUCUGUGAGUGCAUGCCUGUCUGGAAAGAUAAGCAGGAGCUGGCCAUGCACCGUGCAGCUGCAAGUGGAAAACGAGGCACAGAGAAAUGUCUUGGCUGGGGGAGAGGAAGACCACCAACGAGCUGGGUUUCCCCUAUGUUUUUUCAGCCUUCUGUGAGCAUUUGCCUCCUAAUGUACAUGUAGCUUUUCUUCCUGAGGUAAAGAGUUCCUUGACUUGUUAGGACUCUCUGUAGUCUGUCUGCACUGACGGUGCCUCAGGCUGGUAUUGUAUUUCCAAGGGUGGACCAUUCUGUUAUGGCCUAGUAGAGGUGAUCUUUGUUAUAGGAUUUCCUUGCUCUAUGAUAUGCUUUCUCAUGACAAAGGGGAGUGCACAAAACUGCUGAGCCACAUCUGCAUCUCAAACCCAGCCUUUCAAGAGGGAAGAACCUGUGCCUGCUGUUAGCAGUGAUCAUUCAGAAAUCACUCCCAUGUGACUCUGGUUGUUGUGCACGCCUCGGUGUUUGCCAAAAGGGAGCAGAGGUGCAGGGGCAGAGUGCCUGCUCUGUCCGGCCUACAAGUAGCCAGGAGACUUGUCACACCUGCUGAGCAAAGAGAAGUGAGGACAAGUCAAGGGGGACAGGGGCUGGGGCAGGGUCCUCUCAUUAGAGACCUUCCCAGGUGUGCUCCGUGGUGCAGUGGCUCUGCGUCUGCUGGCACAUGAAGAGAGGGAGAGAGAGAGAGAGUUCCCCGGAAAAGCAGUUCCCGAGAGUCCUUGAGGUUCGUCGGUACUCAGGGACCUCGUGCAAGGCCUGAUGGGAAAGAGUUAGACCUUCAGAAAACGCUUUGGAAAAGGGAAGAGAGAAAGGAGAAGAGAAAGGGAGGGAAGAAGAGAAGGGACGGGGUGUGGUGGGAAAGGAAGAGGAUAGAAGGGAAGGAGUCGGAAGGGGAGGGCAAGGCAGGAGAGGGAAGGGAAAGAAAAGAAUUCACCAACAUGAACGAACAUGAUGGCUGUCUCUUGAAUACCGUUAGUCCCUAACGAGCUUACCCUUCAUUAGGGGCGAGUGUGCCGUGCCAGGGAGCUGAUGCCCCGUAGUCAGUGAUGAUGGCUCCCUCUCUGACGAUCUGAGGCUCUGGGGUGGAGGCGAUGCGAGAGCUCCCCGCGGAGGGAAGCGAGACCGAAGUGGGCGAUUUGUCAUGUGCACCGUUUUCCUCCUCCACCCCUCCCGCCAAAGCAAGCGGAGGCAGCUGCUCUGUUCCCUGCAGAGUCUACCGUGCCGUUUAGGAGCAGGACGUUGUUCCGGUGCCAGCAGGCCGCGUUCCUCUUCCCUCUGCAUCCUUUGUUGUCCUGCUGCAGAUUCUGCCGCUUGCCUAUGUUUUCCUGCACGCCGUUCGUGCAGCUACCGCAGCUCUCCGUGUGCUGCUUUGGGGCUGCGUUUUGAACACCUCCCACUCCUUAGCUGCGGUCCAAACCGUGGCUAGAUUGUCGCUGCCUAUGACAUGAGCAGUGUUACCGGGUCACAGAGUGCUGGCGCACUGACGUCGGUUACAGCACUUUCGAGUGCUCCUCGCUGGGCUGCAGGCAAGAAAAAGCAUUUUCGCUACGCUGCUGGCUCUGCUUCGACUGUGCGGGUGCUACAAGCCACUGCUGUGCCUACGGAAGGAGCAAGAGCACGAAGGGCGGGGCGGGAGGCGAAGCUUGCGGUGAAAGCAGCCUGGCUCCGCGGGAGGGUGUCUCCGCCCGGAAGAGGUCGGCGAGGGGUGGUGGCGCUUCCGUGCCUGGGAAGGCGCGUGAAGCGGCGGGCAGAGAAAGGCGCCACGCGUGAGCCGAGAGGGGAGCCGGAGCUGCGGUGCCCGGCCGCGGCCGGGGAGCUGCGGGGCGGCGGGAGAGGCGGCGGGUGUCGGGGCGUGUCGCGGCGGGCGGGCGGGCGGGCGGCGGCAGGAAGGCGGCUUUGGCGGCUUUGGCGGCGCGUGUGAGGCGGCGGGGCACACGGUGUCGCUGCAGGCUCAGGAACGGCGGCGGCGCGGCGCGGCGGCUCCGCCCCGGUGCGGCGGAGAGCCCGGCUGUGAGCGCGGGGGGAGCGGCCGGGCGCGGGCGGCGGUGCCGGGCAGCGGCGGCGAGCGGCGGCGGUGCCGGGGAGCCGUGCGGGGCCCGUGCGGGUGCCGGCGCUGGCCAUGGGCGUGUGCGUGCCGGCGGCGCUGCGGGUGCUGGUGCUGCAGGCGGCCUGGGCGCUGGGCGGCGGCCAGGUGCGCUACUCGGUGCCGGAGGAAGCCAAGGCCGGCACGGUGGUGGGUCGUCUGGCGCAGGACCUGGGGCUGGAGGCGGGCGAGCUGGAGGCGCGUCGGCUGCGGCUGGUGGCGAAGGGCCGGCGGGCGAGCGUGGAGGUGAGCGGGGCGAGCGGGGCGCUGGUGCUGAGCUCGCGGCUCGACCGCGAGGAGCUGUGCGGCAAGAGCGCGCCGUGCGCCCUGCGCCUGGAGGUGCUGGUGGACCGGCCGCUGCGCGUCUUUCACGUGGAGCUGGAGGUCACCGACAUCAACGACAAUGCCCCGCUCUUCCCCGCCGCCCGCAAGAACCUCAGUGUCGCCGAGUCCUUAACGCUGCCGGGCUCGCGCUUCCCGCUGGAGGGCGCGUCGGACGCAGACAUCGGAGCCAACGCGCAGCUCUCCUACAAACUCAGCCCGAGCGAACAUUUCAGACUGGAUUUACAAAAAGUGAAUGACCGAAAUAACCUACCUGAACUCGUAUUAACGAAGGCGCUGGACCGGGAGGCGAUGGCGGUGCACCGGUUGGUGCUGACGGCGAGUGACGGCGGCAGACCGUCGCUGUCGGGCACGAUGGAGCUGGUGAUCUCGGUGCUGGAUGUGAACGACAACGCGCCCGAGUUCAACCAGUCGGUCUAUAAAGUGCAGCUGGCGGAGAGCGCUGCAGAGGGGACGCUGGUGGUGCGCGUGAGCGCCACGGAUCGGGAUGAGGGAAUGAACAGUGAAAUGACCUACAAAGCCACACACUUCUUUCCACUGCUCGGAAAAGAUCUCGUUACCGUGAAUCCCAACACCGGGGAGAUCAGACUGACGGCCCCGCUGGAUUUUGAAGAAGUGAGCGUAGUUGACUUCCGCAUAGAGGCGAGAGAUAAGGGUACGCCUCCGUUAUCGGGGCACUGCAGCGUGGAGCUGGAGGUGCUGGACGUGAACGACAACGCGCCGGAGGUGUGGGUGACGUCGCUGUCGGUGCCGGUGCCGGAGGACGCGGCGGUGGGGACGGUGGUGGCGCUGCUGAGCGUGUCGGACCGGGACUCGGGGGCGAACGGCCGGGUGCGGUGCGCGGUGUGGCCGGCGGCGCCGUUCGGGCUGGUGGCGACGUUCGAGGGCUCGUACUCGCUGGUGCUGCGGGAGGCGCUGGACCGGGAGCGGGUGGCGGAGUACGAGGUGGAGGUGCGGGCGGAGGACGGCGGGGCGCCGCCGCUGCGCGCCAGCCGCGGGCUGCGGGUGCCGGUGUCGGACGUGAACGACAACGCGCCGGCGUUCGCGCAGGCCGUGUACACGGUGCUGGCGCGGGAGAACAACGCGGCGGGCGCGGAGCUGGCGCGGCUGUGGGCGCGGGACCCCGACGAGGCGGGCAACGGGCGCGUGAGCUACUCGGUGGCGGAGGGCGGCGCGGGCGCGGGGGCGCGGUCGGCGUCGAGCUACGUGUCGGUGGACGCGGAGAGCGGUCGGCUGUGGGCGCUGCAGCCCUUCGACUACGAGGAGCUGCAGGUGCUGCAGUUCGAGGUGCGCGCGGUGGACGCGGGGCAGCCGGCGCUGUGCGGCAACGCCACGGUGCAGCUCUUCGUCGUGGACGAGAACGACAACGCGCCGGCGCUGCUGCCGCCCGCGGGCGGCGGCGCGGGGCCCUGGGCUGGCGGCGCGGCGUCGGGGCCGUCGUCGUCGUCGUCGGGGCCGUCGUCGUCGGGGUCGUCGCUGUGGGCGUGGGCGGCGUGGGGGUCGCCGGCGGGGCAGGUGGUGGCGAAGAUCCGCGCGGUGGACGCGGACUCGGGCUACAACGCGUGGCUGCGCUACGAGCUGCGGGAGCCGCGGGGCAAGGGCGCGUUCCGCGUGGGGCUGUACAGCGGCGAGGUGAGCACGGCGCGGGCGCUGGAGGAGGCGGACGGCCCGCGGCAGACGCUGGUCAUCGUGGUGCGGGACCACGGCGAGCCGGCGCGCUCGGCCACGGCCACGCUGAGCGUGUCGCUGGGCGAGGGCGCCGAGGCGGCGCUGGCGGCGGCGGCGGCGGGCGCGGGCUCGUCGCUGUCGGGGCUGCGGCCGGCGGCGGGCGCCGAGGGCGGCGCGGCGGCGGCGGCGGCGGCGGCGGCGACGACGACGAACGUGUGGCUGGUGGUGGCCAUCUGCGCGGUGUCGAGCCUGUUCCUGCUGGCGGUGGUGCUGUACGGGGCGUCGCGGUGGGCGCCGCGGGCGGCCGUGCUGUCGGGGCCCGGGCCGGCGACGCUGGUGUGCGCCAGCGAAGUGGGCAGCUGGUCGUACUCGCAGCGCCAGAGCCGGAGCCUGUGCGUGGCGGACGGCGCGGGCAAGAGCGACCUCAUGGUUUUCAGCCCCAACUUCCCGCCGCCCGCCGGCGCCGCGGCGAAGGAGACGCCGCAGGAUCCGCCCGCCCUCCUGGACACGGUCAGUGGCACUUUCUUUCCCCCCUCUUCUCACCUGCGGGUCUCCCGGAAACACUUUCACGGUUCUCGCCUGAGCCCUUUGGAAUCGCCUCUUGGCGCCUGCGGGGGGCCGGUGCUUGUCAGGUCCUUGAUCUCUGGCUGUUGGCCGCGAGGUCCCGUGUGUUUCCCUGCGCUUGCAAUAGCUCUCAGAGCUGAAGUGAGCUUUGAGAAAGAGUCUACCUUCUGGAGCCUGGGGUUUGCUAGGAUCUCUCCUGUAAACAUUUUCCAUAGUGUUACGCUGCGAAGUAUUCCGCAUGAGCGGUUCCCUUUCUAUUUCUGGCUGAGGUGUUACGGGAGAGCAGGCUCCUGCUCCCUGUAGGAUCCGCUACCUUUUUUUGUUGUCGAGGACCUAGAAGUGAACAGAGAGAUCCAGAGCAUGAUUUGGGAUGGAAGGAACGUGUGGAAGUCUGCAGUGCUGUCCCCGUGCUUAAAGCAGGUCUAACUUCGAAGUUGGAGGAGGUUGCUGAGGAUGUUGUGCCUUCGAGAGCUGCAUAUGGUUGCUCGCUGUCAUUCUCCAUCUACCCCUGCUUGUGAAGACCUCUGCCGUGUGCCCCUUUCAGUCAUUUCUCUUUGAACAUGGGGAAUCGUUCCUCAAAGAGAAGUUCCUCCAAAGUUUUGGUCAGCUUGAUGGUGGUCUCUGAAACUCUCACUGUUCUCUCUUCUCUUUAUCGCAUUCGGGAGGUGAUGAACUGCAUGCAGAAUUCAGACUUUCGUUGAACCUGGAGUUUGCAUAACGUGGAAGGAAAUCCGUUGUUUUCUUCUCUGUCCCCAGAAGUCUUGCAUGUAGGCCAAUUCUAGUGAAUAUUUUAUUUUUGGCUGCUGAUGCUCCCACAGAAUGCUGCUCUGCAGUCUUCUCUCUUAUGGAGAACGCUGUCCUCCUCCUCUUUGAUUCUCUCUUUCAGUCAUGCAAGGUGACCUCUGUUGGUACCUCAUGGUUUUCUGCCCCCCUGCCUUGUAUGGCAUCUAUUUGUUCGUGAAGUACUACACAGUUAGUUUGUAGGUGGGACAGAUAAUGGGACGGUUUCGUAUUUCCAAGUAUGUAGUUCAUGCACUUCGUGAUACAGAGUGGUUCUGGCAGAAGAGCGCCAACCAAGAGAGAUGUAAGAGACGUGUAGCUCUAUUGCCACAUGAAGCAAGAUGCACUGCUGGAGGACUUGUUCUUGGUGAAGGAAGGCCUUUAUAGAGGCACCUCACUCAUGUUUCCUGACUGUAGCCUUGCCAUGUAACCUGCUAUGGUAGGCAUUGUAUUUUGUCUUUCUGAGAGUUUAAAAAUAAACUGGCAUUAUUUUUUUUUAAA